GUUUCUAUUAAAUCCAACGGUUACCAUCACUCCCCACCUCCCCAUCCAUUGGCUCUAACUUCAACCGCGUUUACAAACCCACCACACCUAUCCUUCAUCCUCAACAUAAAUCCUUCUCCUUAUACCCUAACCUCCCUUCUCUCUCUCUCCUAAUCAAUCGAUCUCAGAUUCAGCUCUUUCUCUCUCUAAAAAUUCAGAUUCAUUCUAUUAUUAUUUUCUUAAUUUAAUUACAAUCCAUAACAAAUAAAUUAAAUCUUUAAGUUUUCAAAGUGAGGAAGAUAUUUAUAUUUAUAAUUAUAAAUGAAUAAGAUGCAACCAAAUGGCUCUGAAUCAUCGCAGGCCGACCAGCAGAAUCCACGGCAGCAACAGCAGCAGCAACAGCAGUGGGUGGCCUUGCAGUAUGCGGCUGCUCCCAUGGUAAUGCAGCCGCAAAUGAUACCACCUCAACAUUAUCCUAUACCUCCACCGCCGUAUAUGCCGUACCAGUAUCAACAUCAUCAUCAACCGCACCUGCAACACCACCAGCAACAACACCAUCAAGGGGGAUCCAGUGGUGAAAACAAGACUAUUUGGGUCGGUGAUUUGCACCAUUGGAUGGAUGAGAAUUACCUUCACACCUGUUUUGGUUCCACUGGAGAGAUUGCCUCCAUUAAGGUCAUUCGCAAUAAGCAGACAGGACAGUCAGAGGGCUAUGGAUUUGUGGAAUUUUUUACCCAUGCAACAGCUGAGAAAGUUCUACAAAGCUAUGCUACCAUGCUGAUGCCUAAUACAGACCAGCUUUUCCGCCUGAACUGGGCAACAUUUAGCACGGGUGACAAGCGCUCAGAUAACAGUCCUGAUCUUUCCAUUUUUGUAGGAGAUUUAGCUGCUGAUGUUACUGAUAGCUUAUUGCAUGAAACGUUUGCUACUAAAUAUCCAUCUGUUAAAGCUGCAAAAGUUGUCUUUGAUGCCAAUACUGGUCGCUCAAAAGGUUAUGGUUUUGUGAGGUUUGGAGAUGAUAAUGAGAGAUCACAGGCCAUGACUGAAAUGAAUGGUGUCUAUUGUUCAAGUAGGCCCAUGCGAAUUGGUGCUGCUACUCCCAGGAAGUCCUCAGGAUAUCAACAACAAUAUUCAUUACAAGGUGGAUAUGCAUCAAAUGGUGCCUCAGGCCAAGGCUUUCAAUCUGAUGGGGAUUCUUCAAAUACAACAAUAUUUGUUGGAGGGCUUGACCCUAAUGUCACUGAUGAAGAUCUCAGACAACCUUUUUCUCAGUAUGGUGAAAUAGUCUCUGUUAAAAUACCAGUUGGAAAAGGAUGUGGGUUUGUACAAUUUGCCAACAGAGAUUAUGCUGAGGAAGCAUUGCAAAAAUUGAAUGGGACGGUAAUUGGCAAGCAAACAGUGCGUCUUUCUUGGGGCCGCAAUCCAGCUAAUAAGCAGUUUAGAGGAGAUUACGGGAACCAAUGGGGUGGUGCAUAUUAUGGAGGGCAGGUCUAUGAUGGUUAUGGCUAUGCUCUACCUCCACCACAUGAUCCAAGCAUGUAUGCUGCAGCAGCCCCAGGCUACGGGGCCUACCCUGUUUAUGGCAGUCACCAGCAACAAGUAAGCUGAAGGAACUGAAUGAGAAUGUGUAGCUGCUAUAAUCAAAUGUUAUCACGCUAGAAAAGGCAAAUCUGCCUGAUUUCUUUGAAGUCCUCUUGGUUAUGUAGAAUUGUUAUAAAAUCCCUUCCGUUUUGGAGCGGAACUGAAUUUUGACAACCUGAGGUAGUUUUCUAGGGAUUGGAUUUAUUAUUUGUUUAGAACUAAGGGAGUUAAUGAGAAACUUAUUGUUGGAAUAUAUGAUCUUGCAAUGUGUGCUCUGUG